AUAUGGAAAGUGAGUGUACCGGUCAGGACAGCAAUCGUAGGUGCACUGAAGCUGCAUUCAAGGUCCGUGACGAUUAAAGCGUCAACCGUUGUUAUUCGCAACUCUGUGUUCGGUUUCCGUGUGAGCGUGCGCUGAACGCAACCCCCUCACCCGGGUACUUCGCUUGAGUUUCCGGUGUAUCGCCAGACAACCUUGGAUUUGUAGGCGAGUGUAAGAGAGCAAGUUUUUUUUCUCUUGUUCGCAUUUUACAACAUCGCUGUAAAGAGAUGCCUUCACGGUGCGGUGGAGUUUAAAGCCGAGCAGUCCGGUAACAACACGACCAGAACAAAAACGUGAAACACAACCCCACUUUCCUAUGCGAUGUAUCCCAGCAGCAAUCAUCCAGAUCAACGCUGAAAUGUCGCUGAACAAGAUCGCACGUCUCCCUUCAGCGAGGCUGCUGAGCUCCAUCCACCAGCAGCACCAGCCGCCGCUGCUCCACCACCCCUCCAUCACCCCUCUCACUGUGCCCAGGAGAGAUGUGACCCAGGGUGGAUACAGGCGGCCCGGGCAGCCCACAGAAGACAAAUUUCCAUGGGAGAAGAUCCAUUUUGACUUCGCCAAGGGUUUGGAAGGUAUAAAGAAGCAUUUCACGCUGAUGAAAAACGAGUUUUCUGAACGCUUGCUGGUCGGUCCAAAGGGAAAACCGCUUCUCGUGCACAUGCUGGAGCAAAACAACGUGAUAUGGGAGUUCCGAGGUCCGGAGAGCCUGGAGCAGUGGACAGUGUCGUCGGAUCGCGAGAUCGGAGGCCAAAGCGAGGUUUACUUGAAGAUGGGCAAAAACAACACGUGUUUUCUGUACGGGAACCUGAGCUCAACCACACCGAGGGACGGAGAAACGCGCUACAGUGGCUACUGCAGCAUGCGUUCGAAACAGCCACUGACCGCGUUUGACAGGAGGAACUACCACGACUGGUCCAGUUUCAACACCCUGCAUUUGCGGAUACGUGGCGACGGCCGUCCGUGGAUGAUCAACCUCGCGCCGGACAUGUACUUCACUCACAACAAAGAGGACAUUUACAGUUACUUCCUGUACACCAGGGGAGGGCCCUACUGGCAAGACGUCAAGAUACCUUUCUCCAAGUUCUUCCUCUCAUCUCGUGGGAGGAUACAAGAUGACCAGCAUCCUCUCUGGCUGGACAAGGUCAACACCGUCGGAUUCACCUUGGGAGAUAAAGUAGACGGUCCGUUCCAGCUGGAGAUUGAUUUCAUCGGCAUCUCUAAAGAUUACGCACACACCGAGGAGUUUGCCUACGAGGUGUACAAGAGGAAUCCCGAAGUUUGACCGUAACUAUGAGGAUGCUGGAGAUGAACUUUCAUUAAAUUAAGAGCUUAACGCUUCUGUCAAAUAAUAAGAAUGCACCACCUUCUUGCAUCUUGGGUUCUUCCCUGGGUCGUGACCCCAACCCCUCCAUAAAACUUCAAUGGAAAUCA